UACAAAUCCCAGCGGUCCCCGCGCCGUGGCUUUAGAGGCAGCAGCCCCAGCUCCUCAGAGCGCCGGCGGCGGCCUCAGCGGAGUCGGUGUCGGCGGCCGGGGCUGAGCUGUGAGUUUCCGAUCGAGAGCAGCGUUGGGGGAAAAUGGCGGCUAGCGGAUUAAAUGAUUUGCUGAACAGUGGACUCAGAGAUCGGUAAAAACAAGCUUCUACGCAUCCUACUGACUGGGCCAGCAGCUGCUGAUCUGUGGUCGAGAUGAGUGGACUAGGUGAAGGCUCCCUGGACCCGCUGGCCACUGAGUCUCGAAAACGCAAAUUGCCCUGUGAUGCUCCUGGACAGGGUCUUGCCUACAGUGGUGAAAAGUGGAGACGAGAGCAGGAGAGCAAAUACAUAGAAGAAUUGGCUGAGCUGAUAUCUGCAAAUCUGAGCGAUAUUGACAACUUCAACGUCAAACCAGAUAAAUGUGUGAUCUUAAAGGAAACAGUGAGACAGAUACGUCAAAUAAAAGAACAAGGAAAAACUAUUUCCAGUGAUGAUGAUGUUCAGAAGGCUGAUGUGUCUUCUACAGGACAGGGAGUCAUCGAUAAAGACUCCUUAGGACCGCUUCUCCUACAGGCACUGGAUGGUUUUCUGUUUGUGGUGAAUCGAGAUGGAAACAUUGUAUUUGUGUCAGAAAAUGUUACACAGUAUCUGCAGUACAAGCAGGAGGACCUGGUUAACACAAGUGUCUACAGCAUCUUACAUGAGCAAGACCGGAAGGAUUUCCUUAAACACUUACCGAAAUCCACAGUUAAUGGAGUUUCUUGGACUAAUGAGACCCAGAGACAAAGAAGCCACACAUUUAACUGCCGCAUGUUGAUGAAAACACAUGAUAUUUUGGAAGACAUGAAUGCCAGUCCUGAAACGCGCCAGAGAUACGAAACAAUGCAGUGCUUUGCUCUGUCUCAGCCUCGAGCUAUGCUGGAAGAAGGGGAAGACUUACAGUGCUGUAUGAUCUGUGUGGCACGCCGUGUGACUACAGGAGAGAGGCCAUUCCCAUCCAGUCCUGAGAGCUUUAUUACCAGACACGACCUUUCAGGAAAGGUUGUCAAUAUAGACACAAACUCACUUAGAUCUUCCAUGAGGCCUGGCUUUGAAGACACGAUCCGAAGAUGCAUCCAGAGGUUCUUCAGUCUGAAUGAUGGACAGUCAUGGUCCCAGAAGCGUCACUAUCAAGAAGCUUAUAUUCAUGGCCACGCGGAGACCCCAGUAUAUCGCUUCUCACUGGCAGAUGGAACUAUUGUGAGUGCACAAACCAAAAGCAAGCUCUUCCGCAAUCCUGUAACGAAUGAUCGUCACGGCUUCGUCUCAACCCACUUUCUUCAAAGAGAGCAGAAUGGAUACAGACCAAACCCAAGUCCUGCAGGACAAGGCAUUCGACCUGCAGCAGGGUGCAGCAUGAACAUGUCUCCAAAUCAGAGUGUGCAGAUGUUGGGCAGCCGGCCCUAUGGCGUGGCAGACCCCAGCAACACAGGGCAGAUGGGUGGAGCUAGGUACGGGGCUUCCAGUAGCGUGGCCUCACUGACCCCAGGACAGAGCCUGCAAUCACCAUCUUCCUACCAGAACAACAGCUAUGGGCUCAGCAUGAGCAGCCCCCCUCAUGGCAGUCCUGGACUUGGCCCCAACCAGCAAAACAUCAUGAUUUCUCCUCGUAAUCGUGGGAGUCCAAAGAUGCCCUCACACCAGUUCUCUCCUGUUGCAGGUGUACACUCUCCCAUGGGAUCUUCUGGCACUACAGGUAGUCACAGCUUUUCCAGCAGCUCUCUCAGUGCCCUGCAAGCCAUCAGUGAGGGUGUGGGAACCUCUCUUUUAUCUACUCUGUCUUCACCAGGCCCCAAAUUGGAUAACUCUCCCAAUAUGAAUAUAAAUCAGCCAAGUAAACCAAGCAGUCAGGAUUCUAAAAGCCCCCUAGGCUUAUACUGCGAACAGAAUCCAGUGGAGAGUUCCGUGUGUCAGUCAAAUAGCAGAGAUCACCCCAAUGACAAAGAAGGCAAGGAGAGCAGUGGGGAGGGGUCAGAGACUCAAAGGGGUGCCCUGGAAAGCAAAGGCCACAAGAAGCUGCUGCAGUUACUGACGUGCUCCUCUGAUGACCGAGGCCAUUCCUCCUUGACCAACUCUCCCCUAGACUCAAAUUGCAAAGACUCUUCCAUUAGCGUCACCAGCCCCUCUGGAGUGUCCUCCUCAACACCAGGGGCAGUGUCUUCUUCCACUUCCAAUGUGCAUGGGUCUCUGCUGCAAGAGAAACACCGGAUUUUGCAUAAGUUGCUGCAGAAUGGCAACUCCCCAGCAGAGGUCGCCAAGAUUACUGCAGAAGCCACUGGGAAAGACACUAGCAGUACUGCUUCCUGUGGCGAAGCCCCUGUUAGGCAGGAGCAGCUGAGUCCCAAGAAGAAGGAGAAUAAUGCCCUUCUCAGAUACCUGCUGGACAGGGAUGACCCCAGUGAUGUGCUUGCCAAAGAGCUGCAGCCCCAAGCGGAUGGAGGGGACAGUAAACUGAGUCAGUGCAGCAGCUCCACCAAUCCCACCUCCAGCCACGAGAAGGAGCCCAAAAUUAAGACAGAGACGAAUGAGGAGGUAUCUGGAGACCUGGAUAAUCUAGAUGCUAUUCUUGGUGAUUUGACUAGUUCUGACUUUUACAACAAUCCUACAAAUGGCAGUCAUCCAGGGACCAAACAGCAGAUGUUUGCAGGACCAAGUUCUCUGGGUUUGCGAAGUCCACAGCCUGGGCAGCCUGUUCGUCCUCCGUAUAACCGAGCGGUGUCUCUAGAUAGCCCUGUUUCUGUUGGCUCAGGCCCUCCAGUGAAGAAUGUCAGCAAUUUUCCCACGAUAUCUAAACAGCCCGUCUUGGCUGGGAAUCCAAGAAUGAUGGAGAGUCAGGAGAAUUACGGUGCCAACAUGGGCGGACCUAACAGAAACGUUCCUGUGAACCCGGCUUCUUCCUCAGGAGACUGGGGCUUAACUAACUCAAGAGCCAGCAGAAUGGAACCUCUGGCUUCAAGCCCCCUGGGAAGACCAGGAGGAGACUACAGUGCUGCUUUACCAAGACCUGCCAUGGGGGCUUCAGUGCCCACCUUGCCUCUUCGCUCUAAUCGACUACCAGGCACAAGACCAACACUGCACCACCACCACCACCACCACCAGCAGCAGCAGCAGCAGCAGCAACAGCAGCAGCAGCAGCAGCAGCAGCAACAACAGCAGCAGAUGCUUCAAAUGAGAGCCGGUGAGGCUGCCAUGGGAAUGGGGGUCAACCCCUAUGGGCAAGCAGCACCAUCUAGUCAGCCAGGUCCCUGGCCAGAGAGCAUGCUGCCUAUGGAACAAGGUCCCCAUGGGACUCAAAACAGGCCUCUUCUUAGGAAUCCUCUGGAUGAGCUGCUUGGGCCACCUUCUAAUCCAGAAGGCCAGAGUGAUGAGAGAGCUCUGCUGGACCAGCUGCACACACUCCUGAGCAACACAGAUGCCACCGGCCUGGAGGAAAUCGACAGGGCCUUGGGCAUUCCUGAGCUUGUGAACCAGGGACAAGCGUUGGAGUCCAAACAGGAUGUUUUUCAAGGCCAAGAAGCAGCAGUAAUGAUGGAUCAGAAGGCAGCACUGUAUGGACAGACAUACCCAGCCCAGGGUCCUCCAAUGCAAGGAGGCUUUAACCUCCAGGGACAGUCACCAUCUUUUAACUCUAUGAUGAGUCAGAUAAGCCAGCAAGGCAGCUUUCCUCUCCAAGGCAUGCAUCCUAGAGCCAGCAUCGUGAGACCAAGGACAAAUACCCCGAAGCAGCUGAGAAUGCAGCUUCAGCAGAGGCUGCAGGGCCAGCAGUUUUUGAAUCAGAGCCGACAGGCACUUGAAAUGAAGAUGGAGAACCCCACUGGUGGUGCUGCUGUGAUGAGGCCCAUGAUGCAGCCCCAGCAGGCUUUCUUUAAUGCCCAAAUGGCUGCCCAGCAAAAACGAGAGCUGCUGACCCACCAUCACCUGCAACAGCAGAGAAUGGCGAUGAUGAUGUCACAGCCGCAGCCCCAGGCCUUCAGCCCGCCUCCCAAUGUCACCGCCUCUCCCAGCAUGGAUGGAGUUUUGACAGGAUCAGCAAUGCCACAAGCCUCCCCACAACAGUUCCCAUAUUCAACAAAUUAUGGAAUGGGACAACCACCAGAUCCAGCAUUUGGUCGAGUAUCCAGUCCUCCCAGUGCAAUGAUGUCAUCAAGAAUGGGGCCUUCCCAGAAUGCCAUGGUGCAGCAUCCUCAGACUGCACCCAUGUACCAGUCCUCAGAAAUGAAGGGGUGGCCAUCAGGGAACCUGGCCAGGAACAGCUCCUUUCCCCAGCAGCAGUUUGCCCCGCAGGGAAACCCUGCAGCAUACAACAUGGUGCACAUGAACAGCAGUGGUGGUCACUUGGGACAGAUGAACAUGACCCCCAUGCCCAUGUCUGGCAUGCCCAUGGGUCCUGAUCAGAAAUACUGCUGACAUCUCCCCAGUGGGGCCAAUGAGGAAUUCACUGUACAGAUGGCACUGCACAUGAUCACCGGGAGGUAACGAGUCAUUGUCUAGGCAUCCAGCUUGACCACCGGAUGUUCCAAGUGCUGUCAUUUGAGCAGAACUAGGUCUCAAGCUGAAGCGCACUGUCUACCUGAUGCCCUGCCUCUGUGUGGCAUGGUGUUCUGCCUCAUGGGGAUGUGAUUCUGGAGACAGACCACUCUCCUGUGUCACUUCCUUCUGCCUUGCCAGCCAAAGUCUUCACAUAAAUCUAGGUGGCUAGGGUUUCUGUCUCGCAGCACUGGACGAGGAGCACAGUCUGCCUUCAAGUGUUUUGUCAGCAAAUAGUUCAAUGUCACUCUCUGUCCAGUGGAAUCAGUGUUUCUGCGCCCCUGUCCUUUACAAGUGUAGUCCCCAGAGUCUUUUGUCUUAGAUUCCCUCUUGAUGAGGUCCCCAUACCCUGUAAUUCUCAAGGAUUUGUCACUGAUGUUAAAUGGCUUUGCAGAAGGGAAAAUGAGAUGACAAUAUUUAAUUUUCCCACACUAAUGUGCAGCCAAGUGCACUUUACUUAAGAAGUCACGGAGAAAUGCAAUAUUCUUGAGGGCGUGAGGAAUGGUGAACCACAUUCCCGGCUUCUGUCUGCACUAACCUGUUAGGACAAGAACAUGGCUGUUCUCUGUGUGUGUGUUCCUUUCAAGUACUGGCGUCACCCUUUGCCUAUAUGGUAGAGCAAUAAUGCUUUGAAAUAAACUUGUGAAACCCACGGCCAGGUACUGCACUCUGAACCAGAAGCUCGCAGUGUCUCUGUGAAUAGACUUCUUUUUUGUAAAUAUGAUCUUUUAAGAUAUUGUAUUAUGUGAAAAUAUGUACAUACCUUUUUUUUGUAGGUCACAGCAGCUCAUUUUUACAGAGUUUGUGAAGCUAAAUAUUUAACAUUGUCAAUAUCUGUAAGCUCCAUGCAGGGAGGCCACAGGCAAAGGGACACCUGGGACGCACAGCCUAGGAGGAAGAGCAGCCUGCAGCUCCCCUUGCCCUAAAGGCCUCACUCUUCAGUCUCUUAAUCUAAAGGCUGUUUAAAGUGAUCAUUUGCUUACAUGUAGGCAUUUAAAUUUUAAAACAUUUUCUUUACGAGAGAACUACGCACUUUGUUAAUUUUGGAGGGAAAGAAUAGAUAUGGGGGAAGUGAGCUUUAAAAGAAAAAA